AUGCUCAAAGAUUCCUCACAGUACUCUCUCGUUCACGAUGCCUUUGACGACGACGACGACGGAAAACCAUUUGGUGACCCAGAAGGGUUCGGUGCGUCUGCUGCAGAACCUCGUCCAAAGUCGUGCAUCCUCCACCUGUGGCCUUGGUUGAGCGAUGGCGUACUUAUUUGCACAUCGAUGUUCUUUUUCAUACUAUGGAUGCGCACGCCUUCGGCUCCCUUGCACGACGACAUUCCUGUAUACUCUCCAGCAAGUGGUGCUGUGGAGUCCAUUCUUGUGAGGUUUAACGGCACCCUCAACUUUCCUUCCAUCUAUCGUGGCCCUCCUUCCCCAGAAAUUGAUGCCGCUUGGGCCAGAAUAGCUCACAAUGUGCUACCGACUCGAAUGACGCUUGAGGAGAUGACCAAAGCCGGUGAAGUCGACUUACUUUCCAAAGUCAAGUAUCCGAAAAGCACUGGUGGAGGUUUCAUGGUAUCUAUGGAAUCCCCUCAUCAACUACAUUGUUUGAACUUGCUUCGCAAAUCCUCUUGGUUGGAGUAUUAUGGGCCCACAGAUCCUUCGUUCCAGGACGCCCCCGAAGUAGUCCGUAUGCAUCUUGACCACUGCAUCGAAAUGAUCAGGCAGACUAUCAUGUGCAAUGCCGACGUGACGAUGAUUACUUGGGACUGGGUCCAGGGACACAAGAUCCCCUAUCCUAACUUCAACACCCGUCACCAAUGCAGGGACUAUGAGAAAAUCUUGGAUUGGGCUAGCAUGCAUGCUGUUCAUAUCGAUAAAUCGGAGGUUGGUCGCUUCGAAGAUACGGUCGAUCUUCCGUAUUACCCAAUCAUCUGA